AUGUUCAAACAUUUUGUUUUUCUCCUACUCUUCUUAUCGCCUCUCUUACAUGUGUUUAUCGCCGGAGAACGGUUAACUAGCGGCGGUUUUUCACCGGAGUCGAAUCCUUUCACACCCAAAGCAUCAUUGGUUCGUUACUGGAACAAAGAGAUCCUAAGCCAAACUCCAGGAUCAUCAGAGUUUCUCCUCUCCAAAGCUUCACCACUCACCGCCGUCGCCUCCGCCGCAUUCGCCAAACUCGCCUCCGAAAACUCCCUUCCGAAUCGCCUCCCGGACUUCUGCUCCGCCGCAAACCUGUUCUGUUUCCCAGAUUUAGGCCCGAGCCUCGAGAGACACAGCAAGAACGUCAAAUUCUCCGUUUACGACCAACGAAACUUCACCAACUACGGCACGGUUCGCACCGGCGGAGCCGAUUCGUUCAAGAAGUAUUCUCAGGACGGAAACGUAGUAACCGACUCUUUCCGGCGGUACAGCCGCGACGGAGCCGGUGACGACGAGAAGUUCAAAGGCUACAAUGGUAACAGCAAUGUCGUCGAGGAGAAUUUCAAUUCCUACGGCAAAGCAGCCACCGGCGGCUCCGGCGAUUUCAGAAGCUAUCAAACCGGAGUCAACAAUCCUAGAAGCCGUUUCACGGCGUAUUCCGACGGUGGAAACGGCCGGUCUCAGUCGUUCAAGACCUACACUCACGAAGCCAACGCCGGACCGGGUCAGUCCUUUACCAGUUACGGCAAAAACGGUAACGGAGCUCCGAACGAGUUCUCUUCUUACGGCGUCUCCUCCAACGUUAUCAGAUCGGAUUUCUCCAACUACGGCGAGAACGGCAACGCAGCCAACGAUACCUUCAAAGGCUACGGUGGCGAUGGUAAUGUUCCUCAGAAUAACUUCAAAAGCUACGGUGCCUCCGGGAACGCCGGAGUUGACACAUUCUCGAGUUACAGAGACAAGGCCAACGUCGGCGAUGAUUCGUUCUCGUCCUACUCCAAGAACUCAAACUCGGAGAAGGUCAGUUUCGUGAAUUACGGCAAAUCUUUCAAUCCCGGGUCGGAAUCUUUCAAAGGUUACGGUAAAGGAGCCGAAGGAAACAAGAUCGAUUUCAAAACGUAUACUCAAAACUCAACGUUCAAAGAUUACGCCAAAACCGGCGUCGAAUUCGCGAAAUACAACCAGAGCGGACUCCGUGUUGGUGGUGGUAAAGCCGUGAAUAAGUGGGUGGAGCCUGGCAAGUUCUUCAGAGAAUCAAUGCUUAAAGAAGGUACUUUGAUUUUGAUGCCUGACAUUAAAGAUAGAAUGCCUAAAAGGUCGUUUUUGCCUCGAAGCAUCAUUUCGAAAUUACCGUUUUCGACUUCGAAAAUCGCCGAAAUCAAACGUGUUUUCCACGCGAGCGAUAAUUCCACGAUGGAAGGUAUAAUCUCUGAGGCGAUUACUGAAUGCGAGAGAUCACCAACCAUCGGUGAGACGAAACGAUGUGUUGGAUCGGCGGAAGAUAUGAUCGAUUUCGCCACAUCGGUGCUUGUGCCGAAAGUUCGGGUCUACGAAUCGGAUCUUUUAGACCCCAAGAGUAAAGUCAAGAUCAACCAUAGUAUUGCUAUAUGUCACAUGGACACGUCAGCUUGGGGUGCGAGCCAUGGAGCCUUCGUGUCCCUCGGGUCCCGGCCUGGUCGGAUCGAGGUUUGCCAUUGGAUAUUUGAGAACGACAUGAAUUGGGCCAUUGCCGAUUAA